CCACAGAUGUUGCUGCCGUAGCCGGACAGCAGCACGAAGAGUCAACACACUGGGGAUGGUUUCUUCGUCUUUAUCCACAAUAUCAACCGUAUAUCUGCACAGCAUGAAGUCUCCCUACUCGUAGAUUCGUGAGGAUAUGGUGAGGAGAAGGUGUCCCAUGCUGCAUUAGUGGAAUAGUGACAUGCUGGCCUGUCUGCCAGCAUCAGGUGACCCUACCAUCAGACUUCUCUCCCGCACGCAGAUGAACACUGGACUUCAGAAAUGGGAAACUACACAGAAGAUGAGAUCUGCCAGCUAUCCAACCCCAGCAGAGUUGGAUGCCUAUGCUAAGAAAGUUGCCAACAACCCUCUGACCAUCCAGAUCUUCCCCAACAGUGUCAAAGUACCUCAAAGGAAGCACAUUCGUCGCACUGUCAACGGGCUUGACACAUCGUCGUCCAGCCAGCGCCACAGUCCCUACCCCUCUCAGGUCAGUUCCAGUAGGGGCCUGCUGGCUGUCCUCCGUGCGCCUGCCAAAGGCGUCAUCAAAGAGUCAGACGGUAGCCGCGCCCGGCAACUUCAGAAGGCCAUCAUGAACCCUCACAGUGGGCCGUACGCCACUCAAAGCACUUUAAAUCUUCCUCAACCUGCUCCUCACCUCCAGGGCCCAUCUCAGCCUGUGGCCCAGGCUGCUGCUCAGAAGCAGGGCAUGGUUCACCCACAGGCGCUACAGCGACAGCAAAGCAUGACUCACCCAAUGACUUUACAGCAGCCUCAAACUAUGCCUCACCCACAGGCUUUACAGCAAAGGAGCGUGGCUCAUUCACAAGCUCUGCAACGGCAGCAGAGUUUGUCCCAGGUUCAGACUUCACAGCAGCAAAGAUUGGCUCACCCACAAGGCAUACAGAGGCAGCAGAGUCUGCCUCACACCCAGGCUCUACAGCAACAGCAGAGCCAGUCUUGUCCACCAGUCGUACCGCAGCAGCAUCUUUCUCAUCUGCAGACACUAAAGCAUCAGACGGCUCCUCCACAAGCUUUACUUACACAGCAAGGAGUGACUCAGGAUCUGCGCCACAUGUCUGAUGGAGCUCAGCUUCCAAGCCUGCAGCACAGCCAGGGGCUAGUUGGUUCACAGCCCCUGCCCCAGGCUGUGGGUGCAGGACCUCCCACCAUGCCCAAUAGUCUCCAGCAGCAGCCCCCGCCGGGGGCAUAUGGGCCCCGGAAGCUCCCUGACGCAGACGCCCCACCAAAUGUAACUGUAUCUACCUCCACCAUCCCACUGUCCAUGGCAGCCAGUCUGCAUCAGAACCGGCCUGGUGACUUGAGCAGCAUUGUGCACCAAAUCAACCAGUUGUGCCAGGCACGGGCUGGCAUGGGCACAACCUCAGUCUGUGAGGGCCAGAUUGCAAACCCCAGCCCCAUCAGCCGCAACCUGCUGAUCAACGCCAGCUCUAGGGUGUCUUCUCACCACCCGGCUCUUGGCUCUGUGCCUAGCUGCCUCAUGGUGGGACCCCCAGACAAAGCUACAGCUCAGACUCCCAAUGCUGCUCUCCAUUCACAGCCCAACAUAGCUGCUACUAAUAGUAUACCUGCCUUUCACACAGACCCAGAGAAGGUACACCUGCAGCAGCAGCAGCAGCAGCUUCAGCACCAUUUACAUCAGCAGAAACAGCAGCAGCAGCAGCAGCAACAUUUACAGCAGCAACAUUUACAACAGCUACAGCAGCUGCAGCAGCAGCGCUCCUGGGCCCAGCAUCAAAUGGCCCACAUGCAGCAGCCUCCUGAGGGGGCCCAUCCCUGCAAGAACCCAAGGAUGGAGCCUCCAACGGAGUGUGCUUUCCCCUCUCGGAACCUCAAUUACUCCCACAAGUUACCCAACACUGCACAGUCCUUUCCUCUAAAACACCCUGCAGACAAACCACGACCGUCAUCCCCUGUUAACUGCCCAGUAGGUUCUAUGCCUUACAUUAAUGGCCACUACAUGCAGCCACCAUGGGGCAGCAUCCCAGCAGGUAACAAUGGAUCCGGCCCUCAGGACCUCCCAGUGGCUUUCCAGGGGGGGCAGGCUGGUGCGUCCUCAGACCGCAUCCCAGGAGCAAAGUACCGACCAGGGAAAGAGGGUCCUUCCGGCCCGUCCAAGUUGAUGCAGAAUGUGGAUUUCUUAGGAGGGGACUUUCAGAUGCCCAGCUUUCAGGAGCAGAACAUGGAUGUGAUGGAGAAGAUGCACAGGUCAGCCAUGGGUCAAGUUCAGGAGCCCAACAAUGCCGGAGGUGUCCACACUCACCACCCUGGCUACCGUUAAACCGUUUAUCCCCCCUUGGUGUGUUUUUGAGUUUUUCUCAACAGCUACUUUCAGCUUCUGUGGUUUCUUCUUUAAGAUCUUGCAAGUGAUCAAUUACAUUUUAUUGCUUCAGAGCUUGAUUUGUAGACCCACCAGGUUGUGACGUUUCAAAGUAUUCCUCAGGUCUUAAGCCAUGUCGUACCUUUGUUGCAGAUGAAGGGUUUUUGAGAUUGUUGUCCACUGUUGAGUAGAAUUCCUCUUUUCGUCACUGGCAUGGAUGUGCUGCUCUUUAUUCAUGUAUAUAUGGUGUUUAAAAUAUUAAUUUGCAGCUGAGAAUAUGCUUGCCAUAUGAUUGUCACAGUGCUUUUCUUAGGUUGACAUGGAACAACUCAACUUUUUUCAGCAUUUGUGGCCUUACAACUGCCCAAAGGCAAGAUUUAGGAUGUCCUUGUGUAAUGUUUUUAUUUGCAAUUAUUUAUCCUCUUAACUGGUUUGUGAUCCAUUUAAAUACGAAGGUUACAUGUAUAUGCAAUUAAUAAGACUGUUGAUAAGGUUUUUGUCCCAGGAGCUCCUGCCCAUAGUUGAAGUGUACACUUGUUAACAGCUUCUCUAUCAGGAAUACAAAAUGGCUUCUGAACUGCACCACGAGUGGUCCAGGUAGUUUCUGCGUCGUUCCAUCGCAGUGUGCAAAACGGCUAACUAUCACUGUUCAGCAGAAUUUUAGUUGGAAAAUAAGACAAAGCCAGCACUAGCAAAAACAGUAACAUUCUCCAUUCCUGAGAUUUAUUUAGUUUCUCAAGUUACCAGUAGUUUUUAUUAUGUUUGGAAAGUCUAAAGUGCCCUCGUGUGUAGAAUUUCAAGAAUUGCUUUUAAGGUAGUUGUUCUAUUAUUACAGUUUUUGUUUCUCUGUAGAUGAUCCUACUUGAACUAUAGAAAAUGACUUUUGAAAUGUUAUGCUUAACAUUUGGCAGGAGCAACUACUCCAUUAGCCCCCAUUUGUCUAUAGCUAAUGUGAAAGAGAAUGGCAUCCCAUUAAUAUUAAAAUGGCGUAUGUAUGUCAAUAUGUGAAAAGCAAAUUGAUCACUUGCAAGCGUGCAAGUACUUCAAAUAAUGCAAGCAGGGAAAAUGCUUCAUUUCCCCUCCCAACACAUUUCCUCACCACUUUACUACUGUAAUACAAGUGAACUGAUGUGGUGUGGACUUUAUCUGUGUGGUGGGCUGUUCAUCUGCUGAUCACUGGCCUCACCCUGUGUUGUAUUUCUGCUACCUAUAAAGAAAAAAGUAAGAACAUUUAUUGCAGGUUAUGUUUUGCUAGGUGUCUAGCAUGAAGCUCUGGACCCAUUUCCUCCUCUAGUCCUUUUUCGGGUUGAUGUUGUGUGGGCAUAUAUUGCUCUGCUGGCCUCAAGCCUUCUGGAAAAAGCCUUAAAUGUCUCAGUAGUUAUCCUCUACUUAAUACUUAACCUUAACUGACUUUCUUUGCCGAGAUCCCAACUUAAGUAUGGCUUCAUUGUGAGAAAGAGUAAGUUAUUUUUCUUUGGUUCAUUUUAAAUAUGUUUAAACUGUACUGUCGGAUCAUUGGGCAGUGUUAAUGUGUAUAGGGAGUGUGAAUGGGUAAUGUUGCCUUAAAUUGAAAUGUUAAGGUAAUAAUGCUACUCAUACCUGUUGAUAAAUCUAUCCCACUGUCUCAAAUGUUGCCUAUCAAGGAUUUAAGAUGAUUUUAAGAGUAAAAUAUGAAUAGUAUUUAGCAGAAUUAAUAGGUAUGUAGAACAGGGCUGUAGCAGUUAUUUUAAAGUAUUUGGACUGUGUUUUAGUUGGUAUACUUAAUAAAUAUCCUUAUAUAGUUUUCUUAAUUUAUUUUUUGGACCACUGCAUCCUGAAGCCAUAGGUGUUUUCACAUUAGGUGCCAUAGGUGACACAUAUUGACGUAGACAGUGUAAACUGAAUUGUCUGCACUCAGAGGCAAAUAAGAGGUUUGCAUCCAUGCUUUAAUCUGAUGUCUUUCACAGCGCUGAGCAGUUUUUCUUCUCUGAAUCGUGCUCAGAAUACAGUACAUGUCAAAAGGGAGAAGGAAUGGCGAGAUGAUAAGUCAUCUUCAUAGAAAGACAGCUUAGAUGCAAGCCGUAGCUUUUCUGGAUUUUGGUCUUCAUACUUGAUGGCAGUUUUUAUUUUCUGGCUCUCAUUUUUGACGUGCCUGCCCCUUAAAGCUGCUAUUUGACUUUAAUCUUAACACACACUAGUAUGAUUUGUGUGUGCGUGUGUAUGAAUAGUAGUGAUGUAUGGGCUGUAUCAGUGAAAAUAGGUUCCUAUUUAUGGGAUGGGCGUAGGGUUAAGAUUGCCACCACUACAAUGCUGGUAAAUUUUGGUAUUGUCUACUCUACCAGCCAUAUUUGGACAUUACUCUAAAUAUAUAAUGGCUGACCAGUAUUCAAAGUGGUGAUCUUCAGGAGUCGGACCCAUUGCGGCCUAAAGACAGACACUAUCCAGGCCUGUUUGGGUCUCCUAACUUUAAAUCAACACUAAAUAAAUAACAGACCUGCCCUGUUUAUUUUGAACUGCCUCAUUACAGCCCAACAUAGUCAGGUUCUACAGUUUCAUAUGAAGUGCCUCCACUGGGCUUAGUAUGGAGAAAUGUGUGAAUGGGAGCGUGUGUGUAUGUGUGUGUGUAUGUUAAAGCUUGGGUACUUGCACACAGGUGUGCACGCUGACAAAGGUGCACGAAGUUAAUCUCUGAUGGGGGACCAAGCUACUUAGUGUAACUACUGAUACUGUGUCAUGGACUUAAGUCCUGAAGUGUGCCACGAUUCCUAGACACUGUCGGGAUGUGUGAACUGUUUGCUGCUGACUCACUGACCAAAGUGACCAAGCGUCCCUCUCUGUAACCACCCCAGCCAAAAGCCUUGGCAAGCUUGUAUUGGGAACGUGUUUAUGUUCUGACAGUAAUAAGCAACAACCUGGUGACAUAAAGGAGAGCUGCUGCCCUCAUUUGGACGGUUUAAGAAAAUCUUGUGAAGUAAAAGUGUAAAGAUGUGAAUAGAGUAUUAAAAGAAAUCUAGAGUGAGUUGUUCCUGUCUGCACAGUACGCCCCAAUACUUUUCUGUCGAGCAAAAUUUGGAUGUUCUAACCAGAACUUUGUAUGUUUUGCUUUUCCACUUCACAGAAUUAUUAUCAUGCAGAAACAGUACAUGUCAAUAUGCACUGUAAGAAUCUUAUCUACGUAAGCACAUUGUAGCUCACCUUGUCAGUUGAUGGCAAUAUUUAUUGGGACACAGGCAUGUAACAACUCUCUCUAGAUUUAUUUUUACUCCAAUUAAUAUGAUUGUCUUUGAUUAUCAGAGACCUGUCAUGUUGUGAACGGUGGUGAGGGGGGCUUACUUUCUCUACUUUGUGAAAAUGUGAUAUUCCAGUUUUGCCUAACCUUCAGGAAUAAAAUGUCUUGCACAAACAUUCCCCCUAACCAAAAUAAAGUUU